GCAACUGCCAAAUUGAACUGACAACGACGAAUGAGUAUAACACGAAAGCGAAAAUUGACAUUUCAUACGUCUGCAGACAUUUGUGCAUUUGUAAAGUGACUUUAGUGGCGUUUUGCUCGUGUUUCCCUAAUUUAUUUUGCUUUAGAAUAAAGAAAAAUAAUGCCUGCUCCAGCUAGUUCUACCACAGUGGGUAGUGGCACCCGCUCUCCCAGCAAAUUGUCGUCUCCUGCACCACGUAGCGGCGGUGCUGGUGGAAGCAAUCUGAAACAACGUAAAACCACAAGCAGCAGCACAACUGCACCCAGAAGCCGUGCUGCUGGUGGUGCUGGCACCGGUGGUAUGUGGCGUUUCUAUACCGAUGAUUCUCCCGGUAUUAAAGUUGGCCCAGUUCCAGUUUUGGUAAUGUCUCUCCUGUUUAUCGCCUCCGUGUUCAUGCUACACAUCUGGGGCAAAUACAACCGUUCUUAAAUCGUAAAUGAUAAGUGGCAUUCAGCUUCCAAAACGACAUAAUAUUCAUUCAUAAUAUUGUCGACGUCAUCAUUUGGUAAUAUUGCCCCGCUGUUGCUUUCUACUUUCAUUUUGUGUCGUGUCGCUUAUGUUAGACGAAACGAGGAGCGUGUUGGUAAUUCUUAGUUAUUUCAUAAGUUAAUCAUCCAAUUUUAUUAUUAUAAUAAUUAUUCCUACCUUAAAAAGAAUUUUUUAUCUGUAUAUUUCAAUGCAGUUAUGAAAAAAUACGUCAUUCCACAAUUUUCCGUGGUGUUAAAAUAAAAAAACCCUUUUUAUAGAAAAAAUGAAA